AUGUCAGCGCAAUCUCCUCGCAAGAAGUGCGGCGUCCUCGGCUGCACUGGCUCCGUCGGCCAGCGCUUCAUCCUCCUCCUCCAAGGCCACCCGACGCUCGAGCUGUACGCCAUCGGCGCAUCGUCGCGCUCCGCCGGCAAGAAGUACAAGGACGCCGUGCGAUGGAAGCAGGCCUCUCCCAUUGGCGAUGUCGCCGACAUGGUAGUGAGGGAGUGUCGCCCAGAGGAAUUCAAGGACUGCGACGUGGUGUUUAGCGGGCUCGAUUCCGAUGUCGCGGGCGAUGUUGAAAUGGCCUUUCUCAAGGCCGAAAUCCCCGUCUUCUCCAACGCCAAAAACUACCGCCGCGACCCCCUCGUCCCGCUCGUCGUGCCCACCGUCAACCUGCCUCACCUCGACCUCAUCCCCCACCAGCGCUCCGUCCACAACCUGUCCAAGGGCUUCCUCGUCUGCAACUCCAACUGCGCCGUCAUCGGGCUCGUCAUCCCCUUCGCCGCCCUGCAGGCCGCCUUUGGCCCCAUCUCCACCGUCAGCAUCGUCACCAUGCAGGCCGUCUCCGGCGCGGGCUACCCGGGCGUGUCCAGCAUGGACAUCAUGGACAACGUCGUGCCCUUCAUCCAGGGCGAGGAGGACAAGCUCGAGACCGAGGCCAGGAAGAUCCUCGGCGCCAUUGACGAGGGGCGCACGGCGUUUGUCGAGCAGAGCGGCCUGCGCGUGUCGGCGUCGUGCAACCGUGUUGCUGUUAUGGACGGUCACACUGCUUGCGUGAGCCUCAAGUUUGAGCGCCAGCCACCUCCUUCGCCGGAGGAGUGCAAGGAGGCUCUGCGGGCGUAUGUUUCGGAGGCUCAGAAACUGGGAUGUCCCUCUGCGCCGAACCCGCCUAUCAAAGUCUUUGACGAGGACGACCGACCGCAGCCGAGACUGGAUCGUGAUUUGGGUAGAGGAUAUACGGUCAGCGUGGGCAGAGUGCGUGCUGAUGAGAGCGGCAUCUUUGACUUGAAGUUUGUUGCACUGAGCCAUAACACGGUUAUUGGAGCGGCUGGCUCAUCUAUACUGAAUGCUGAGGCCGCCAUCCUCAAGGGCUAUAUCUAA